AUGGCCCUGACGAACGGAACAGUGACAAACACAGGCCCGCGGGUGUCAGAGGCGAUGGGUCAUGCGGGCAGCGUGCUUGUUGCGACGACGGGGAGCGUGCCAGAGGGCGAACCGCGCGAUGAUCGGUACCUUGGAGAUCCGUUGAGACUCGUGGACUAUAUGAAGUCGUUCAGGGCAGCGCAGGCGACGAGGACGGAGUUGUAUCAUGAGUUUGAAGAAGCUUUGGAUGACUACGUAAAUCUCAAAAUCUCGGUCCCACAAAUCCAACAAGUAAUCAGGGUAUCCCAGGAAGGCUUCCAAGACGUGUCGUCCGAGAUCAUCAUCCUGCACAAACUGAUGGGCUCUCUCGGACAGGACAAUCUGACAGUCAUAAUAGACCGAGUGCAGGACUUGGAGAAGGAGAAGCUGGAGGUCACGGUCCGGUUGCUGCAGGCGCGGAUUCAGGCUGCGGCAGACACGGAGAGGUCGUUUGAGUCGGAGAUUGAGGAGUUGACUCUGAGGCGGGCGGGGUUGAUGGAGCAAAUCAAUGAACAGAUGGAAGAAGCGGCGGCGGAGAUUAUCGAUCUGGAGACGAUGGAUUUAUAA